AUGAGUGUCAGCAAGGAGGUAAUGCAAGGAGACAUACCCAAACUGUGUUUGCUGGUUGCUACACUGGCACUUGGGAGCGUGGCGGGAAGUGGCGGCGCCUGCGAGCGUGGCGUGAGCUGGUGGGACCGGCAGCGUGGCACCUGUGUGCCCUGCACCCGAUGCGACCCUGCCAAACGGCUGGUCGUCAGAUACCCCUGCGAGAUCCACAGAGAUACAAUCUGCCAGUCGUUGUUCGAGGCCCAGAUCUCUCCAUUCAAUACACCGAAACAGGUGCUUAAAAAAAACAAUGAAACGAGUGAACUGGUUCCCAGUGAUGAGGAGUACGAGUAUGUGGACUACGAUAGUGAAGUGACAUCUAAUAAUGGAGUGUCGUGGGACCUGCAAACGAUCAGCCUGACCGUGGCUGCGAGCGGCUGCCUCGUGUUCUUUGUCGUGGUCCUGGUGAUGUCUCUCUACCAUGCAAGGCAGUGGAGAGUUAUUAAGCGAGCGCUUAAAUCAGAUGUACAAGAUUUAACGGCGAAGCUAAAGUUAAUGGAGGCUGGAGGUGAAACGACAGCAGCGCCAGUCGUGGCGACCGACCACCACAUCUACUGCAACAUUCACAACUUGAGCAAGGAUGCAUUGCUUGGUUCAAAUUCAACGAAAAAAGGAUUAGGCAAUGUGUACACACAAGAGAAGCACAACUCAUAA